ACGAGUUUCUGGGUGGUACGAGAGAUCCUCCACGCUCAAACUUUGAAGAUCAGAGCUGAAGUGCUGAGUCUGUAUAUUCGAACUGCCAAGAAACUGUGUGACAUGAACAACCUUCAUGCAGUCAUGGCUGUGGUGUCGGCGUUACAAAGUGCGCCUAUCUUCAGGCUUACCAAAACUUGGGCGUUACUGAGUCGAAAGGACAAAGCAACAUUUGAGCGACUUGACUACCUGAUGUCCAAAGAAGACAACUAUAAACGUCUGAGAGACUACAUAAGUAACCAGAGCAUGGUGUCUUGUAUACCAUACCUUGGGAUGUACCUUUCUGACUUGACGUAUAUAGAUUCAGCCUACCCUUCCACAGGCAGCAUACUGGAGAACGAACAGCGAUCCAACCUGAUGAACAACAUCCUCAGAAUCAUGUCAGACCUGCAGAGAUCUUGUACCUAUGGUUGUCUCAGAGGAUUGAGCCAGGCACCAGCACACCACGAGCCAAYGCCUCCAAGGAGGAUCUUGUUGGUCAAGAAGCGUCAUCUUCUCCUCUUUCUGGACGUAAGGCUUCUGUAACAGUUGAAGUCCCAAAUACACCUCCAUCCCCCAGGAACCUGCUGCCCUAUGGGCACAGGAAGUGCCACAGCCUGGGCUACAAUUUUAUCCAUAAGAUGAAUACAGUAGAGUUUAAAAGUGCCACAUUUCCCAACGCUGGUUCUCGUCACCUGCUGGAUGACAGUGUGCUGGAGAGCCACAGUCCCACCAGAGGACAGGCAGAGAGCUCCACUCUCUCCAGUGGCAUUUCACUUGGGAGCAGUGAGGGCUCUGAGCUCAGUGAGGAGAUGUCUUGGCCAGCUUUUGAGAGCUCUGCUGAGUCAGAGGAACUUGCAGUUCACCUGUAUCCUGGAGCAGUGACGGUGCAGGGGGUGCUGAGACGGAAGACCGUGCUGAAGGAGGGCAAGAAACCAACGGUGGCAGCUUGGACCAAAUACUGGGUCUCUCUCUGUGGAACUCAGCUUCACUACUACCCUGCCAAGUCCCUGAAGGCCACAGAGAGGAAACAUUUUAAGUCCACAUCCAGUAAGAGUGUGUGCGUGGUGGGACUCAUGGUCAUGAUGACUGAUGAUCCGGACCAUCCAGAUGUCUUCUUGUUGACUGACUCUGAGCAUGGUAACACCUACAAGUACCAGGCAGGAAACAGGAUGAACGCCUUGCUGUGGUUCAAACACCUGAGCUCUGCCUGUCAGAGCAACAGGCAACAGGUGCCAGCCAAUCUGAUGUCGUUUGAGUGACAUGUGGUGAGACGUUCAGCUGAGGAGAAGGUUGAGGAGGAGGGAGAAGCUCCUGUUCUCAUCUCAACCUGCCACCACUGCCUUAACCAGAGUUUGUAGUGUGUGUGUGUGUGUGUGUGUGUGUGUGUGUGUGUGUGUAAAUGUCUCCUGUGGAUAAACUGACCACUGAACAAGGACCUGGACCAUCGA